AUGGAAAUGAACAUAUCAAAGAUGGCUCGUGCUCUCUAUGAGUGGCUGUGGCAGCACGAGUUCUGGCUGCCCCCAGGAAUCACCUGGGAGGACAUGCAAGAGUCUGAGGACAUCCAUUACCCCAAGCCUCGUGAUCUGCUGCUCAGCAUCCCUUUUGCUUUAAUCUUGGUUGCCCUUCGAUGUGCUUUUGAAAGAGCCAUAGCCCUGCCCCUCAGCACCAAACUGGGGGUGAGAGACAAGCAGAGACCAAAAGCUCAGCCCAACCCUGUGCUGGAAACAUUCUACAGUUCACACUGCAAGAACCCAAAAGAGGAUGAGCUGAUCACUUUGGCCCAGCAAUGUGACCUGCCUGUGAGGAAGGUGGAGAGGUGGUUCCGGCGCCGGAGGAACAUGGACCGGCCCAGCCUGUCCAAGAAGUUCUGCGAGGCCUGCUGGAGGUUCACGUUCUACAUCACUUCGUUCCUCACUGGGCUGGCUGUGCUGUACGAUAAGCCUUGGCUUUGGGACCACAGAGAAUGCUGGACAGGAUAUCCACAGCAGCCUCUCCUGCCCUCCCUCUUCUGGUACUACAUGCUGGAGCUCUCCUUCUACUGGUCUCUGGUCUUCACCCUGCCCUUUGAUGUGAAGAGGAAGGAUUUCAAGGAGCAAAUAGUCCAUCAUGCUGCAACCAUCUUCCUCAUCAGCUUCUCCUACUGUGCCAAUUACAUCCGCAUUGGGACCCUGGUGCUGGUGAUCCAUGAUGCCUCUGAUUGCUUCCUCGAGCCAACCAAGAUAUUUAAUUACAUGAAGUGGAAGAAAACCUGUGACACCCUCUUCAUGAUCUUCUCAGCUGUGUUCCUGGUCAGCCGCCUGGUGAUCUACCCCUACACAGUGCUUUAUAACACCUACUAUUACUCCAUGGAGAUAUUCCAGCCCUUCUUUGGAUACUACUUUGUGAAUACUCUCCUGAUCAUUCUGCAGCUGCUCCAUGUCUUCUGGUCCUGCCUGAUUAUUCACAUGGUCUACAAGUUCAUCCUCCAGGGCACGAUGGAAAAGGACAUGAGAAGUGACACAGAAGAAAGUGACAAGGAUGAAGAAAUGUUCAGGGAAAAGGAGCAAAACGGGAUCACAUGUUUCAGCAACGUCUCAAGCAACAGCUACGUGCAGAGGAAUGGGUCAGAGCCCCCAAGGAGCAGAGCACACCUCACCAACGGCCACCUCAAGGACAGAUAG